AUUCGACUCCGGGUUUUGAUGCGGAGACAGUCCUCGGUGACCAGCUUCCAGCGGCAAGUACUACGAGCUGCUUSAGCACAUAACUUUUUAAUGUCUCCGUUUAGCCUUUAGUUUGUUAACUCACCGUGCGAACAAACCAGACCUUUUCCUGCUCUGUUUGGKCUAUUUUUGCCUGUUAAACCAGGCCAGCCUGAACGUGUCGCGCUGGAUAUCCCCGUCACCACAUUAAAAAACAAACCCGAAGCCUGAUAUUUUUUGGUGUUUGAAGGAAUUUAAAAGGACUGCCUUGGACUUUACUUUUUUUAGGAAGACGUCGGGAAGAUGUUGGGAAAGGUAUGAAAGGGUUGAUAGUUAUCUCUGGAAGUGCCAGAUAUGCGUUGAGGUGCCCUGGUUGCGGAUUCAGCCUGCUCGGUCAUCGGGCUGAGGCGGCGCAKGGGGAGAGGUUUAUUUGGGGGUUGGAAGAAGUCUCGUGUGGAGGGGAGCACAAAGAGCCCCUUUUACCGUCCAAGUUUCAACCAUGAACCCCAUGUGCUGACAGAAGGACCGAGGUGGGGAGUUGAGUUUCAACGCUUCAGUUUUAUGCAAAGACUUGUUUAACAAAAAAAAAAAAAAAAAAAAAGGGCACAAAAGUUGGACAACUUUCCCAGGUUAUGGUGAGGAAAAAAAGCAGCUACAAGCAGACGGCUUUAGUUUCAGAAGCAUCGCUUUAAAUGCGAACCGGUCUGCACGUUUACAGCCGAGCUGCAGGUCCAGGGGCUCCCAGAGCCACUGGGUUUUAAUCAGUUUUUUACCACCUUGGAGCAAAACCAUGAUGGAGCUGAUAAACAAGAGCACGGUUCUGCUGCUGGGGUGCAUCAUCUCUAACUGGAUUCUCCUGGUUUCUGCAGAGGAAGAGGUCCUGAUGAACACUAAAACAGAAACAUCUGAUCUUAAAUGGACCAUCUUCUCCCAGGACAGAUCAGAGUCUCAGUGGGAGGAAGUAAGCGGUUUAGACGAGGAGAAAGACAGCGUGAGGACCUUUCAGAUCUGCCAGACGGAGAGCUCGUCGAGCCAGUGGCUGCGCAGUGGCUUCAUCCAGAGACGAGGGGCGACUCAGGUCUACGUGGAGCUGCGAUUCACCAUGAUGGAGUGUUCCUCCAGGAGCACGCACCACCGCAGCUGUAAGGAAACCUUUAACCUCUACUACUACCAGGCCAACUCUAAUGAGGCCACAGCCACCUUCCCACCCUGGAUGGAGAACCCCUACACUAAGGUGGACACAGUGGCUGCAGACUUCCUACUGAGGAAGGGCGGGGAGAGAAAAUUCAACGUGAAGACACUUAGACUCGGCCCUCUGAGCAUGAGAGGUUUCUACUUGGCCUUCCAGUCGCAGGGUGCCUGCAUGGCCCUUCUGUCUGUGCGGGUGUUUUUCAAGAAAUGUCCCCCUCUGGUCAGCGCGCUCUCAUCUUUCCCCGAGACCGUCCCCCGUUAUCUGGUGCAGGAGGCACAGGGUUCCUGCGUGGAGCACGCCGCUCAGCAGGGGUCCCGAUCUCGGACGCCUAAGCUCUUCUGCGGCGAAGACGGCCAGUGGGUGGGGCAGCCAACGACUUCCUGUGCCUGCCUUCCUGGGUUUGAACCAGCGGAGGGACAGACACGUUGCACAGCCUGCCCUGCAGGUCAGUUCAAGUCGGGCACGGAGGGRCAGUGCAGGACCUGCCCAGCAUCCAGCCAGGCCACCACCAGGGGGGCGUCGGUGUGCGCGUGUCGCCCCGAGUUCCUGCGUGCUGGAUCAGACACCCCAGAGACCCCGUGCACCAAACCUCCCUCGGCUCCACGCAACCUCGACCCUUGGAUCAACGACACCAUGCUCACUCUGAAGUGGAACGAGCCCGUGGACAGCGGCGGCAGGAAAGACCUGAGCUACGCCAUCAGGUGCUCCGUCUGCAGGUCGGCCAAGGGCUCGUGCCUCCCGUGCGGCGACAGCGUCAGCUACCGGCCCUCACAGGACGGCCUGCUGGGUCGCCGGGUGGAGGUGUGGGGCCUGCUGCCUCACACCACAUACACCUUCACGGUCCAGGCACUGAACGGCGUGUCUUCGCUCAGCAACAAGGAGCCUGCCAGUGAAAGCAUCAACAUCACCACCAGCCAUGAAGUGCCGUCGCUGGUGUCUGUGAUUUGGAAGAGCGAGUCCACAGAAAGCAGCCUGACUCUGCAAUGGUUAGUCCCUGCUCAGCCGCAUUACAACAUCCUGCAGUAUCAGCUACGCUACUGUGAGAAGGAGAGACAGAGUGAAAAUCAGUGCUUGUACACAGAGAGUAAAAGAAACGAAGUGGUGCUGACAGACCUCCGCAGGGCCACUCAGUACGAAGUGCAGGUCCGGGCGCGCACCCUGGCUGGUUAUGGCAGCUUCAGUUCUGCAGCUGUCUUCCGCACCCUGCCUGAUGGAUAUGACUCUGCCUCCCAGUUCUUGGUACCUGGUAUCCUUAUCGCUGUUGGGAUGCUGCUGCUUGUCACUUUCGUCUUCGUGGCCGCCUACUGCAUACGACGACACAGCCGAAUAAAAGAUCCAGAGCUGAGUGACAAAAACAACCAGUACUUUGCUGGACAAGGGGUCAAGGUUUAUAUCGACCCUUUCACCUAUGAGGACCCUAAUGAGGCAGUGCGAGAAUUUGCCAAGGAAAUUGAUGUUUCCUUUGUCAAGAUAGAGGAGGUUAUCGGUGCCGGCGAGUUCGGGGAGGUCUGUCGAGGACGGCUGAAAAUCCCCGGGAAAAAAGAAAACUACGUAGCAAUUAAGACCCUGAAAGGAGGCUACACGGACAAGCAGAGGAGGGACUUUCUGUCYGAGGCAUCCAUCAUGGGCCAGUUCCAGCACCCCAACAUCAUCCAUCUUGAGGGAAUCAUCACUGCCAGCUGUCCAGUCAUGAUCCUCACCGAGUUUAUGGAGAACGGAGCGCUGGACUCGUUUCUGCGGCUGAAUGACAGCCAGUUCACUCCCAUCCAGCUGGUGGGGAUGUUGCGCGGCAUCGCCUCGGGCAUGAAGUACCUGGCAGAGAUGAGCUACGUCCACAGAGACCUGGCUGCCCGCAACAUCCUGAUCAACAGCAACCUGGUGUGCAAGGUUUCGGACUUCGGCUUGUCGCGCUUCUUACAGGAGAACUCCUCUGACCCGACGUACACCAGUUCCCUGGGAGGUAAGAUUCCUAUCCGCUGGACAGCACCGGAGGCGAUAGCCUUCAGAAAGUUUACUUCAGCCUCAGACGUGUGGAGCUAUGGCAUCGUUAUGUGGGAGGUCAUGUCUUUUGGAGAAAGACCCUACUGGGAUAUGAGCAACCAGGAUGUAAUCAAUGCCAUAGAACAAGACUACCGGCUUCCCCCGCCACCCGACUGCCCCACCCACCUACACCAGCUGAUGUUGGACUGCUGGCAGAAGGACCGCUCGGCUCGUCCUCGCUUCGCGGACCUUGUUAGCGCUCUGGACAAACUCAUACGCAACCCUGCGUCGCUAAAAAUAGUUGCUCAAGAAGGAGGAGGGCCGUCCUACCCCCUGCUGGACCAGCGUGCACCUUUAGCCCUCUCGCCAUGCUCUUCAAUCGGGGAAUGGCUGAGGGCCAUCAAGAUGGAGCGCUAUGAGGACAGCUUCCUGCAGGCGGGCUUCAACUCCAUGGAUCAGCUGGCCCAAAUCACGGCACAAGAUCUGCUUCACAUGGGAGUGACUUUAGCUGGGCAUCAGAGAAAAAUCCUUUCCAGCAUCCAGACAAUGACCUUUCAAAAUAAGGGCACUGCAACUGUGACUUUCUAGCUGCUCUGCCUUCUAUCCUGGAUGUGAAUAGAGCACACAGGUGUGCAAGUGUGUCCAAAAGCAGUCUGGAUCUUUUCCUGUGACCCACUUUGUACACGGACUCCGAGGAAGAAGGGAGAAUGUAUUCAUUACCAGGAAGAAGAGGAGGGGGGGAGAAAUCAGCCAGUAAGAAUGACUGAUGAAACUUGUCAAGAAACUGGCUGGAACCUGUCACCCGGAGUGACCAGGUGAUAAAGUCAUGCAGUCAUUUUUACACUUUCAGUAUUUUUACAUCGACCAAGAAUAGGAGCCGAAACAUCUGCCAAACCACGAGGAGUGACAGACCAGAGUUUACACUAUUUCUAAAGUUUCUUCUCAAUCUGAAAUUGAUCAUUUACUUACUUGUUUUAAAAAAAUGUCUAACCUUUAACCAAAGGAAAGAAAAGAAAAUGCUAAUGUAAGAUUUGUCAUUUUGAUAUACAGUAUGUGUUGUAAUUAGAAAAGAGAAAUGUGUCUUUUCAUUAAUCCUGGAUCAUCWUUUUUAUGUUAAAAUUUAACAUUUUAACUUUGGGACUUCUUUUGUUUCAUUAUAUUUUAAAAGUACCUCCUCUUAACUCAGGUGUGACGUGUAGUACAGACUUGAAGGAGUUCUGUACCUGCCCUAAUCAGGCUCCUCAUCUUCCUCAGUCUGGCUCUGACAGCUCAGAAAUGUCUGAGAACAAAUAAGGCACAGAGACAUUUCGGCACUUUCGUCAUUUCAGAGUGAAUUGUAAUCUUCUGUGAUUCCAUCAGUUUUUUCUUCAGCUGUGUUUUUGUUGGAURUUUCUGCCCGGCAGCUCAGUUAUGCUAUAAUCAUCCAGAACCAGAACCGAGUGGACUCAGAGACCAGAGAACACUGUAUAAUUGGUUUUCAACUCAAUGAAUAAGAUCUGGCCUCAAAACUUGUUUUUUMUUAAAAUAAGUGAUAAUGUACUUUWUCUUAUUCUUGUUUCUGUAUUUCCAUCUUCCAGUGCCAUGUAUUUGUCAAAGUGUUCUUUAAUGCCAAUUUUAUAAAGCAGAAGUCUCGGUGUGA